AUCCCAAAAGUGUGGGCGUUUCUUUUCCCUCAGUCUUUCUCCACUUCAGAUUAUUUUUCUUGGGUGUUGCCUGUGUGGUGGAAAAGUUUUUGAUUUCCUUCAGUGUUUGGCUUUGCCAACGACUUUCCACACAGUUACCGGACAGCAGCUGGGGCUUGGUUUUCCCGGUUUCCUGCAUUUUUUCCCCUAAAAAGCUUUACUUUAUCCGUUGAAGCCACUGUUAGCUAACUAAGCUAACUAACCGGGAUCGACCCGUCCGACCGAUGCAGGCCAUUAAAUGUGUAGUGGUGGGGGACGGGGCUGUGGGUAAAACAUGCCUGCUCAUCAGCUACACCACCAACGCCUUCCCUGGGGAGUACAUCCCCACAGUGUUUGACAACUACUCGGCCAAUGUGAUGGUGGACGGGAAACCGGUCAACCUGGGUCUGUGGGACACGGCGGGACAGGAGGACUACGACAGGCUUAGGCCGCUCUCCUACCCUCAGACGGAUGUGUUCCUGAUUUGCUUCUCCUUAGUCAGCCCCGCCUCGUUUGAAAACGUCCGAGCCAAGUGGUACCCAGAGGUCAGACACCACUGUCCGGUCACGCCCAUCAUCCUGGUGGGCACCAAGCUGGAUCUGAGGGACGACAAGGACACCAUCGAAAAGCUGAAGGAGAAGAAGCUCUCCCCUAUCAUCUACCCCCAGGGCUUGGCCAUGGCCAAGGAAAUAAGUGCGGUGAAAUAUCUGGAGUGCUCGGCUUUGACGCAGCGCGGCCUUAAGACGGUGUUUGAUGAAGCCAUCAGGGCCGUCCUGUGCCCCCCGCCUGACAGGAAGAAGAAGAGGAAGUGCAGAAUACUCUAAUAGGGGUCCUCGAAGAAGGAAUCCAAACAUCUGGUUUCAGUUUGGGGUGGGGCAGCGUUCCCACAGAUGUCCGUUGCUGCAGAGCUCACAUAGAAACUGGGGUAGAUGGACAGAUUCCAGCAGCCCUGAUGUUUUCCUGUUUGUUUUUUAAAUGAGGCGUUUUCUGGCUGACUGCUCCUUUCAGACGGGAUUCUUUAUAAAGGCCUUUGGGGGAAAGGGGGUUUAAUAAAAAAAAAGCUGGGGCAUAGAAAAACGUGAUAUUACAGACAGGAAAUACUUGAAUACGUCAUGUAACUUCAGUAGACGUUACUCUAAAAGGAGGUUCCUGCUGCCUUGACCAGCAUUUUCCCGUUUCCGGUCACCUUCAGCUGUUGGAUCCCUUUGUUUACAUGUCUGAAAGGACUGGGGUGCUGCUUCUUCUGCUGGUCCAACUGUCGGGAGUUUUGUCUGUGUUCAGUCAGUAUUUGAUGGCCGACGUGAAGGUCGUUUUUAUCCACAUCGUUUCAGGAAGUUCUUGCUCAGAAAAGUGCUUUGAAGGCUUCAUGAAGGCGUGUCAACUUCCCUUGUUUGGCCCCAUUUCUUCAUGUUUUUAUGAAGGUCGGAACUCAUUUUAGUUCUUAAGAAGUUUCUUCAAAAUCUCGACCUUUUUUUUCUUCUUCCUUGUUUGUUUUAAUGAGACAAGAUCAAGUUGCUCUGAGGAACCCCUGAAUCUGAACUCAGCAGCUGUCCUGUUACUGUCACUUCAUGUGGUUUUUAUAGAACAAGACGGGGAUUUUUAUUUUUUAAAAAUGCAAAUAAAUUUGGUAAAAGUGUU